CCUGGGGCUUCGUUUCUUCAGUGGCAUUUAACUGAGAGUUUAUGGAGGCUGCAGCCGUGGAAAAUGAACAUCUCCUCUGUGGUAUUCGCUCUCCUGACUCGAGCACUGCUUGGAGAUUUGUGUUCGGCCAUCAACGUCACUAUCACCCCUUCCCCCUUCACGGUGGCCCAGGAGGGUCAAAAUAUCACACUCUCCUGUGUUGUGUCUCAGAGGCGGCGUAACGCUGCUCUACCAGUGGUGAAAUGGACCUUCCUGCCAGCGGGCACAGACCGGUCAGAGGACGAACUCCUCAUCGCUCGCAUCAACAUGAGGAAGGAACGUUUCUAUGGCAACUACACAAAGAGUUUCUCAUGGCCCAAACUGAAGCUGACGGUGGUAAAACAGGGGAAGGUCUUUGACCUGUUAAUCUUGAAUGUGUCCGAGGGGGACCGGGGGCUCUACAUGUGCCGGGUGCAGGAGUUUAAAAAGCACCAGAACCGCUGGAAGGCCUCAACAAACUCCACUGCUGCUACUGAGCUCAGAGGUGAGGGCUUUUUUAUCCUGUCCUUUUCUUAUCACUGGCAGAUUUGCCAGCUAAGCUCUCCGUGAACAUCACCCAGCUUCAACUGCAGAUAAGUCAUUUAGGCCAGAACUAGUAGAGUCCUCCCUAAAGCCAGGGAGGGAACAGCUGACACACCUCUGUAAAUGUAAAAAUAUUGCUUAUGGAGUUUCUUAAAGGGAUGCUCCAUCUUUUCAGUGAAACAAUUAGGCAUGAAAGGGGGCUUUAAACAGUUGGUAGUUUGCUCCUUCACAGAGAGCAGAGGACAUGGCCGGCUUGGAUUUAUGUAAAGUUAUAAUGGCUUCCAUCAGCGACAUGUUUUUAUGUGAGACAGAAAUAUCAAAUCUUUUAAAGAAACCCAGUUUUCCACUGUUCACUAAUAUGCUCAGUGUUUUCCAAACACUCACACAGCAUUUUGCCAAAUGACUAAGCCAGGAUAGAGUGGUUCAAACCAAUGAAAGAACAGGACAUGGGUGCUCUAAUGUGAACAAACAAACCACGGCUUCUCACCAGUUUGAACAUCUAGACCAGUGGUCGGCAAUAGGCGGCUCGCGGGCCAAAGUGGGGCCGCCAGCAAUAAUGUCUGGCCCGUGGCCAGAUUAAUUUGAUAAAAAUAUAAAAAUAUAAAUAUAGCAACUGGUGCUUAAACAGAUC